AUGGGUUUUAUUGCAAAUAAUGGUCUUACAGGCAGUCUCUUUUGGACUGUCCUUAUCACAUGUCUUGGAUCAUCAUUUCUUAUUGGUUACAACCUUGGAGUGCUAAAUCUGCCAAGAAAAAAUAUUGAGGCAUACUUCAAUGAAACAGUUGUUCCAAACACUCCAGAAUUGGAUUCCAACUUCUUCUAUACUCAUACGAGUACAAUUUUUGUAGUUGCAGCUGCAAUAGGCGCGUUCAGCUGUGGUUGGGUAGCGGAUGGUUUCGGUCGACGUAAUGGUUUAAUUAUCAAUAACAUUAUUGGUAUUAUCGGUGGAGUUAUUGUUGGUCCUUGUGUCCUCGUCAAACAGCCUGUCCUGCUAUUCGUUGGUCGUUUUGUUAUCGGUAUCAAUAGUGGGAUUACAAUCGGCAUAGCUUCACUUUAUCUAACUGAAGUUGCACCUCGUGAUUUACGCGGUGGAAUUGGAGCUUGUCAUCAGUUGGCUGUAACCAUUGGCAUUGCUUUCUCUUAUUUCAUCACAUUUUCAUUUUUACUUAACACUGAAAAUCUUUGGCCUCUUGCUGUUGCUUUAGGAGCACUUCCAGCCGCGACAUCAUUAAUAACGCUACCAUUCUGCCCUGAAAGUCCAAGAUUCUUAUACAUGAAACGGAAUAAUGAACCAGCAGCCCGGAAAGCAUUCCUAAGAUUGAAUACUAAAGAAAAUGUUGAUACAUUUAUUGGAGAACUUCGUGAAGAAUUAGAAGUAGCGAAAAAUCAACCUGUUUUCAAGUUCACUCAACUUUUCACUCAGCGAGAUCUACGCAUGCCUGUACUUAUUGCCUGUCUUAUUCAAGUCUUGCAACAGUUGUCUGGAAUUAAUGCGGUUAUUGCUUAUUCCUCACUUAUGUUGGAAUUGGCUGGUAUUAACGAUGAUUACUUACAAUACUGUGUCUUUGCUAUCGGUGUGCUGAACGUUAUUGUGACGGUUAUUUCUCUACCACUAUUGGAACGUGCUGGACGUCGAACACUACUACUAUGGCCAACAGUAUCUCUGGCCUUGUCGUUAUUACUACUUACAAUCUUUGUCAAUUUAGCAGUUACAGGUCCUGAAGAAUACAGAACUGCUAUGGGAAUUGUAUCCUGUAUUUUGAUCUUGGUAUAUAUCUGCAGUUUUGCACUUGGUCUGGGUCCAGUUCCUGCACUUAUUGUAUCAGAAAUAUUCAGACAAGGUCCUAGAGCAGCUGCUUAUUCGCUUAGCCAGUCUAUUCAAUGGUUAUCGAAUUUGAUUGUUCUGUGCAGUUAUACCGUUAUACAAAAAAAAAUUGGGGGAUAUUCAUUUCUACCAUUUCUUGUCAUCGUCAUCAUAUGCUGGAUAUUCUUCUUCUUAUUUAUGCCUGAAACUAAAAAUCGUACAUUCGAUGAAGUUGCUCGUGAUCUAGCCUUUGGUAAUAUUGUCGCCUUCAAGCGUACUACCGCAUUGGAGGAUCGUAAUCUUACCAUCUUCACAAAACAAGGCAAUAAUGCAUCGAAUGCUGAUGGACCAGCUUCCGAAUCUCUUCUAUAUUCAAGAAAUACCAAUGAUAAGGGAGUUUCAAGAUCAAAGGACGUUUUACCUAACCCUGAAUAA